UUACGGUCGUUGAUAAUUACUUAUCUGUUGUUUCUGAUUUGCAAGCCACUACAGUAUCCGAUCUUAGUGUUAUCGAGUCUCUAUAACUGAAAUUCCUUUUCUCUACGUGCGUCUCGAAUAAGAACUGAAUUAAAAAUUCUCUUCCCUCUCUCUAAAAGAAAACCGAAUACUAACUGAAUAAAAUCGCGCGGAUUUUCGCUAGUUGAGAUUAAAUACGCGGAUUUUAAUCCACGCGGUUAAAAAUCCGCAAUGCGUGCUAACACUAGAGAUCUUGUUUCCAAAGCCGUAAUAAAAAAAUAUUAGUUAUUAUAUUAGUAUCAAUAUAUUCACUAUCAAUAUUAACCAAAAUAGUUCUGAAUUCUACUUUCUCCAUUAAAUAGAACAAAACCAAAUAUUAAUUUAGCCAUUUGGUGGUUUAUAAUAAUUUGUAUCUUCCUAAAUAAAAAUACAAAUAGUAGGUUGUAAGUAAACAGAAUAUUGAAUUAUCUCGCAACUGUAGUAAGUUAUUAAAAUAGGUGAAAAUAAUUAUAUAAAAUCGAUAAUUAAAAAAAACCAGGUACACCCACAAUACCAUUCCAAAAUUAAGAAAAAAAAUUAUCUAAUUACUGCAAAACAUUACGUUACUUUUUAAAAUAUUCGUAAUACAAUGCAGAAAUAUGAAAAACUUGAAAAAAUCGGAGAAGGGACUUAUGGUACAGUAUUCAAGGCAAAAAACAAAGAAAAUCAUGAAAUCGUUGCGCUCAAGAGGGUGCGAUUAGAUGAUGAUGAUGAGGGUGUACCAUCUUCAGCCUUACGAGAAAUAUGUUUACUAAAGGAACUAAAACACAAGAAUAUUGUCCGGCUGUAUGAUGUCCUUCAUAGUGAGAAGAAGCUCACACUAGUGUUUGAGCAUUGUGAUCAGGAUCUUAAAAAAUACUUUGAUAGUUUAAAUGGAGAAAUAGAUUUGGAUGUUGUGAAAUCAUUCAUGUAUCAAUUACUUAGAGGAUUAGCAUUUUGCCAUAGCCACAAUGUACUCCAUCGUGACUUGAAGCCUCAAAACUUAUUAAUUAAUAAAAAUGGUGAGUUAAAACUUGCUGAUUUUGGAUUGGCAAGGGCCUUUGGGAUACCAGUCAAGUGUUAUUCAGCUGAAGUUGUCACUCUUUGGUAUAGACCUCCUGAUGUUUUAUUUGGGGCCAAAUUAUACACAACAAGCAUUGAUAUGUGGUCUGCUGGAUGCAUAUUUGCAGAGCUAGCGAACUCUGGCAGGCCAUUAUUCCCUGGAUCAGAUGUUGACGAUCAGCUGAAACGAAUAUUCAAACUUUUGGGAACCCCAAAUGAAGAUACCUGGCCUGGUGUGACUCAAUUACCAGAUUAUAAGCCAUUGCCAAUAUACCAACCAAGUCUAGGUUUAGCUCAGAUAGUACCUAGGCUGUCUGCUAGAGGGAGAGAUCUAUUGACAAGACUAUUAACUUGCAAUCCAGCUCUUCGAAUGCCUGCUGAUGAUGCCAUGGCCCAUGCCUACUUCCAUGACCUGAACCCAUCAGUGAAAAAUGACCGGUGUUAACAUUCAAUUUACCCCUACAAAUGCACCUCGGAACUAUUAUUCAAUGAUAAAGGGAAGGAAAAUUAAGUGAUGAGGUGCAGCAGUGAUAUGAUGAACACUUAAAAUAAAUAAGAUGCCAAAUAACAUGUAAAGCUAUUAGUAUUUAUCUGACACAUUUAUUAAUGUGAUAAUAGUUAAUAGAUAUUUUAAAAUUAAUAUUAAGUCUUUAGCAAGACUGGACAGCGACACUUUAGUUAGGUCUGUAGUCUAGUAUUUAUUGUGUAAAGUAGACUUAAUUUAAUUUAUUUAAUUAAUUGAAAAUGUUAUGAUAUCAGUACUUGUAUCACCUUGUAACAUAAUUUAUUGUAUGUUGCAUAAAUGUGGUACAGUCAAAAAAUUUGAGGGCAAGGUUAUUUAUUUACUAAACAUUGUAUAUAGGUAAUGAUUUGGCUUAUAAGAAAUAAGCCAAACCACAAUGUCUAGUAGUAAUAUAGGCAUGUAUUUUUUUUAUUAAUAUUUAGUAUGGUAUUAAAUAAUAAGUUCAAAUAUAUAUUCAAAAUAGUAAUAGUAAUCAAAUUUCAACUUAUUGAAUGUCAAACUUACAACCAAUUCAAAAAUGUAUGACACAGGCCCGAGAAGAACAGGUACAAAAAACUCAGCUGGCUUCAUUUAUUUUUUAUUAAUUAAUUAAAUAUAAACAUACA